GCGAUGUACGUUUGUUCGCGUGUGUAUUGGUAGAGUGGUACUGAUGAUUAAAUAAGGUAUUCGAAAAGCAAAGCGCGAUUGAGUAAACAAGGAAGAAGCACACAAUGAGUGACACGGUCGACCUGGACCGGCUGAUCAACUGUACCCAGGCUACGAUCCGGCGGUUUCCCUGGUCCACCGAGUACAAUGCGACCGUGAUUGGCGAGUUCAACCGGACGGAAAUAUUGGACGUGCUCGGUGCGAUGGUUACCCGGGGGAAAAGCUACGUUCCCAAGCAGAACGAAGCGGUUACGCUAAGAGAAUUCAUCACCGAGUGUCUCUUUCCGACGACGAAAAGUCCCUACGAGCUACCGUGGCAGCUCAAAACGGCAUGGGGCGUCGUGUUCGGAGCCAUGCUGCUGGUCGCCAUCACCGGCAACAGCAUCGUGCUGUGGAUUGUGCUGGCCCACCGCCGGAUGCGAACGGUGACCAACUAUUUCCUGCUGAAUCUGAGUGUGGCCGAUCUGCUGAUGUCGUCCCUGAACUGUUCGUUCAACUUUAUCUUCAUGCUCAACUCGGACUGGCCGUUCGGGGCCGUGUACUGCACCAUCAACAACUUCAUGGCCAACAUGUCGGUGGCGUCGUCGGUGUUUACGUUGGUGGCCAUCUCGCUGGAUCGAUAUAUCGCCAUUGUGCAUCCGUUGCGGCAUCGAACGUCUCGGAAAAAGGCGCGCCUGUUCCUGCUGAUAAUCUGGGCGCUGAGCUGCGUCCUGGCCGCACCCUGCCUCAUGUACUCGACUGUGAUGACAAAGCGAUACCACAACGGGAACACUAGGACUGUUUGCUAUAUGCUCUGGCCGGAUGGACGCUACCCGACGUCGAUGGCAGAUUACAUCUACAACCUGGUGUUCCUCAUCCUGACGUACGGCAUCCCGAUGCUGAUAAUGAUCGUCUGCUACUCGCUGAUGGGCCGGGAACUCUGGGGUAGCCGGUCCAUCGGGGAACACACCGAACGGCAGCUCGAGUCGAUGAAGUCCAAAAAGAAGGUUGUACGUAUGUUCAUCAUCGUGGUGACCAUCUUCGCCAUCUGCUGGCUGCCGUAUCACCUCUUCUUCGUGUACGCCUACCACAACAACCAGAUGACGUCCUCGAGCUACGUCCAGCAGCUCUAUCUGGGCUUCUACUGGCUGGCCAUGUCGAACGCGAUGGUCAAUCCGAUCAUCUACUAUUGGAUGAAUAGCAGAUUCCGGGUGUACUUUCAGGAAAUUAUCUGCUUCUGCUGUUUGCAGUUCAUCAACUCCCGGAUGAAGGAUGGCAUGCCGCAGGGCGUGCUGCUGAACAAAAACUCCAACUCCGAGCUGGGCCGGUACCGUUCCUAUCGGCAACGGUCGCUGUCGGUUCGGUGGCGACCGCAGUACCACAGUACCGAGGAGUACCGGAUGCGGGCGGCAGCCCCCGUUCAGCGAAAUCACGGCCCGUGCCGGGUGGUCAGUGUGGUCAACGUCCUGGAAAACAACGGCAAACCGGCGACGAUGGACGCACAUCAGACGACGGACAUCAGCGAGCUGCAGGCGGCCAUCAACUACCUGCCGAGGCACCCGAACUCGCAGGAAUCGGCCCACAAGCUGAAGGAUCACUCGUCCAGCAGCCACAGUCACGAGUACUCUUGACAUCCGCAGUAUGAUUAAAGCAAGGGGUC